GCAAAACUCCCAACAGUAAGGCGUAUGACGCCGUGUUGAACGUUCUGUGGAAGAUAUUGAAGAUAUUGAAGAGAUAUAUUACACUACACAUACAUACAAAUAGAUCACCCGCACUGUAUUUCGUCAUUUCGUCUACAAAAAGCAGUCUAUCUAGUUGUGUUUCUAUCUGGCACGUAACAAAGGAGAGCGUGAAUCUGAGAAAUUGUACAUCUACCGAUAGUUGCGAGAUCUUCCACAGGAAGUGAGAUAUAGCGCAAAAUAAAGUGGAAGGAUUGGAUCCUCUCCAAUGAUCUAACAAUAAGUUUGAAACGAAACCCCGACGAGGAACAUGGAAAUUUUGGGUAUAAAAUUUGCGCCGUUAAACAUACCUUUGGAAAGAAGGCUACAAACCUUGGUGAUUGCGAUAUGGAUUCUUGUUUUCCCAUUCGGCGAUUUUUGGGGAUACAUCAUUACAGCCUAUCUUUUACUCUACACACAAACAUUACGUUACUUCAUGCUACUGUAUUUCCUCUGGAUGUAUUACGAUUGGAACACUUGCGAUCGUGGUGGCAGAAGUUAUUCGUGGAUAAGUAGAAUGAGAAAUAACGUAGUUUGGCGUUACUUUUGCAAUUAUUUUCCGCUGAAGCUCGUGAAAACGGUCGAUCUGGAUCCAACAAAAUCUUAUCUUUUCAUCUCCGUACCCCAUGGGAUUUUAUCAGUGGGGGUAAUAGGUUCAUUUGCAACGGAUGCAAUAGGCUGCAGGAAGCUAUAUCCUGGACUAGACAUACGCUUAAUUACUCUUGAUCAACACUUCAAAAUACCUCUAUUCAGAGAAAUUCCUUAUUCCUUAGGUUGUUGCGCUGCUAAUGCGAAAAGUAUCGAAUAUUUAUUAUCGACACCGGCAAAAAGGCCUUAUACCGGAAGAGCUACGAUACUCAUCGUCGGUGGUGUUUCUGAAUCUAUGGAAUCGUUACCAGGUACUUACCGUAUCGUCAUGAAAAAGAGAAAGGGCUUCGUGAAACUGGCUUUAAAACAUGGCACGCCGUUAGUUCCUGUUUUGUCUUUUGGCGAAACGGAUUUAUACAAUCAAGUGUAUAGUCCAGAAGGAUCGACUUUAAGACGUAUCCAGAAUUACAUUCGCAAUGUCAUAGGAUUGGCGCCGGUCAUUUUUUCGGGUAGAGGAUUAUUUCAAUAUUCGUUUGGUCUUAUUCCAAAUCGAUUACCUGUCACCGUAGUCGUUGGCAGUCCUCUCGAGCUGCCGAAAAUAGAAAAACCCACAGCUGAGCAAAUUGAUGAAUAUCAUAAAAAAUUUGUGGAACAUCUAAUUGAGUUUUUCGAAACGCAAAAAUACAAUUAUAUAAAAAAUGCGGAAAAAACUACUCUCGAAACUGAUUUGUGAUGCGCGCUCGGAUAAUAUCAUCUAUAUUGUAAAUUUGUCACUUUAUUUGCAAGUUUCUCAAACUAUUUGUCAUUUUUCUUAAGAAGUUUAAAAUAUUUCGGGAAAACGAAAGUAUUAGAUAUAUAAUUUUAUAUACAGGGUGUCGCAGACAAUCCGUAUCAACCGAAUAUCUCAAAAACAGAGCGCGGCAGAUAAAAAUAUUUCAGACAAAAGUUGUAAAGUUUCAAGUAUCGUAUUAUAUGGCGAUAUCAGUAUGACCUUGAAGAGUGUUGUCAAGGUCACGUAAAGGUCACCUUGAAUUCUGUACGGAAAUUCCAAUUUUUUAUUGCACAUUCUUGUAGCUUAUC